AUGGAUUGCACCGUUUCGCAGCAAACUAUGUUGCCCAUUCAUCAGCCUUGCUCUCCCGAACAACAUCAGCUUCACGAUCUUCGAACCUCCCCAGGAAGUGUGGAUUGUUAUUCUCCCGAUGGAGAGCAUCCUUUGGCUCUAUGCCUCCCAAACUCACAAACUUUGGUGCAAGCUUCGCGCACUCCACCUCCUCCAUGGAGUAUUCCAACGAAGAAAGGCACUCCAGGUCUCAUCUGCGUCGUUUGUGGUGACACCAGUUCAGGAAAACACUACGGGAUUUUGGCUUGCAACGGGUGCUCAGGGUUCUUCAAGAGAUCUGUGAGAAGAAAACUGAUAUACAGAUGUCAGGCUGGAACUGGUAGAUGUAUUGUGGACAAGGCCCAUAGAAAUCAGUGUCAGGCAUGUAGAUUAAAGAAAUGUCUUGCAAUGGGAAUGAACAAAGAUGCCGUUCAAAAUGAAAGGCAACCCAGGAACACGGCCACCAUACGUCCGGAGACCUUAAGAGACAUGAGUGCAGAACAGGAAAGGGCGCUGCGCGAGGCAGCUGUAGCAGUCGGGGUGUUUGGGCCCCCAGUAUCUCUUACAAUGGCGUUGACACCUUCCAGAUACGGCCAUGGGUUGCUACCACCAGUGGCUCACCCAGGAUUACCCAACAGGGAACCAUCUCCUUCAAAGGACUGCAAUAGUGACAACGAUGAAGAAAGCAUAGACGUUACCAACGAAGAGGACGAGACUCCGUCAUCGGGAUGCGGAGUGUCAUCAAGCAGCGGGCCGGUAAGACCGGAACCGCAACCGGCGACCAUUACCGGAAGUCUUUACCCAUCCUCCCACGAGACCAUUUAUGAGACAUCGGCUAGACUUUUGUUUAUGGCAGUCAAAUGGGCGAAAAACUUGCCCAGUUUUGCCAGUCUACCGUUCAGAGACCAAUGGUGCAUGCCUUUGGAUGUUUCUGCUAGCCCUUUAUUUAAUAUAAACGAACACGCCAAAAAUGGACAUUCGGCAACUGAUGUAAGAAUUUUGGCCGAUACUCUGCUAAGAUUCAAAUCUGUACAUGUGGAUCCAGCUGAAUUUGCUUGUCUUAAAGCAAUCGUACUCUUUAGAGCAGAUCAAGCACAAGUAAUGCUAUGGCAACACUGUCGUACGCAGUUGCCAGGUCAGGUGGCAAGAUUCGGCAGGUUACUGCUGAUGUUACCUUUGUUGAGGAUAGUUCCAGCGUCCAGAGUGGAGGCUGUAUUUUUCCAAAAAACCAUCGGCAACACACCCAUGGAAAAAGUACUUUGCGAUAUGUACAAAAAUUAA